CAAAUUCAAACCCUAAACACAGAUUCAAUCUCAAGAAUUAUAAAAAUGGCGUCUGCUUCCCGAUUCCCAGUCAUAGAUCUUCACAUGAAUGUAUGUCUCUCCGCAAUUUCGUCUUUUUCUGAUUAGGUUUCUGUCUCUGCUAGGUAUCUUAGGUUUAUCUCUCUUUUUCGUUUCGAUGUCCAUGGAUGUACAAGUCAGUGAAGCAGCACAGCCACCCAAGAAGGAUGUUUAUUCGGUGUGGGCGCUUCCGCCGGAAGAUGUGACGGCGAGGGUGAAGAAAUUGAUGGUUGGUCUCCGAUCGGAGUUUGGUGGGCCUGAGUUUGAGCCGCACGUUACUGUUGUUGGGGCGAUCAGCUUGACGGAGGAUGAGGCACGUGACAAGCUCAAGAAGGCUUGUGAGGGUUUGAAAGCUUAUAAUGUCACCGUCGAGAAGGUGGCCACCGGAACUUUCUUUUAUCAAUGUGUUUUUCUGUUGCUCCAUCCAACGACUGAGGUACAAAGAGCUCAAGAGAAGGCCAAUGCUCUUGAUGGAAGUGUUAAAAGUCUUAGCUUUCCGAUAACCCGUCUUGCUUUAUAUAAAACAGACACGGAAGACAAAACCCUCAAAUCCUGGCAGAAGGUGACGGAAAUCACUCUCCAACCUAACUAGUUCUAUGUGUGUUGUAUCCCCCCUAAUGAAUCUUGUAGGUAGUCCUCUCAAGUCUCAACUGUUUGCUCUCAAUAAUUGUCAGUUUCRUAUUUCUGCUUCCACUAUGUUUGUACCUUGUAUAUUUGAUUCUUGAUAUUCCAUCAACUAAAGGGUUGUUUGCCAAA